AUGAAGAAACUAGACGACGAUGGAAUUCAUCUGAACAUCCAGCUGAUUUAUGCACCUAUGACACCCACAACGAUCAAGAUUAUGGAAAUUAUAAAGGAUCGCUACACAACAACUAUACCAAAUCCACUGCUCUUUGAAGAUGAAAAUGAAGAAAUUGUUUUGCCUUCGUACUUUCAAGCGAAUAUGUCGGUCAAUGGAUUCAAAACCGAAGAUGACAUGGUGGAGUAUGCGAAGGCAUCGUUCAUGAAUCAGUGUGGUAAUCCUCUACUAGGUAAGUGUUAG